AAUUACGAUAGAAGCGACUCUGUCAAAGAAUAAACAAUAUAGUAAAUCGUUUCUUGGUUGGUCAACUUCGGGGAAUUUGUGCAAAUUGCAAGAGAAAUGGAGCAGCAUGAACUAAUGUUAUGUUGUAGAAGAGGAGAUCUCACUAAAAUUAAGUAUUUGGUUGAACAGAAGGAGGUGAAUGUUAACAUUAGAGAUAAAUGGGACAGUACUCCACUUUAUUAUGCCUGUUUAUGUGGCCAUGAGGAGGUUGUGCAGUACCUUCUAGAAAAUGGGGUACGAUGUGAAGCAAAUACGUUUGACGGAGAGCGCUGUUUGUAUGGGGCUCUCACUGAUACCAUCAAAAGAUUGCUGCUGUCAUAUAAUAUGGUCUCUUCUAAAGUAAUGAGGAGAGAUUUAUAUGAGGAGUUUCUUAGAAGAUUGUCAGAUCCGGGGAUGUAUCAAGACGUAACAUUUGAUGUACAUGGUGAGAAGUUUCCAGUACAUAGGUGCAUUCUCAGUGCAAGGAGCUCAUAUUUUGCGGACUUGUUUCGGACACGAUGGAAGGGCAGGAAAGAAAUAAAGCUUAAACACCAGAUGAUUUUUCCAGGAGCUUUUAAACAGAUUGUUCAGUACUUAUAUUCAGGUCAAAUGGAAAUUCCAGUUGAUGAAAUAGAGCCAUGUAUUACUCUAGCAAAACAGUGUAAAAUGGACAAACUUAUCGAACUUAUUGAGCAGAAAUGCAAGAAGUUGGCAUCAUUUGAAUCAUCAAAGCCAGGUAUUAACAUAACAACAGUGUUAGUAGAGGAGACAGACAAGUGGCAGUUGCAGUUACAUUUUGGUUCUCUCGCUGAUAUUGCUCUACCUGAAGAACUAUGUUCUAUUGCCACUGGGGAGUUGCCGUUUGAACCAGAAUUUGCCUCAGUCUAUGCAGAUAUUCAAAUAGUGGUAGAGGGACAUAAAUUUUACUGCCAUAAGGUGUUUUUCUGUGGUAGAAGUGAUUACUUCAGGGCAUUAGUACAUGACCAUUUUGGUGAAUGUUGGACUUCAGAAGAGCAGCUUCCAGUUCUUGAAUUGCAUAACAUUAGUGUAGAAAUAUUUGUUAAAGUCAUGUAUUAUCUCUAUCAGGAUUACUGUGAGCUGUCGGAAGAUAAUGUGUAUGAUGUAUUAUGUGCAGCAGACAUGUUUUUACUUCCUGGUUUGAAACGUUUCUGUGCUAAUGCGAUGGCUAAAUUCCUCACAGUAAAUGAUGUAGUGACAGUGCUCAGGACGGCGAGACUGUUCAAUCUUCCACGACUUGAGGAUCAAUGUGCGGAGUUUAUUGCAAAGAAUUUAGACCAAGUGUUGCAACUGGAAGAGUUUGCAGAUCUGGUCAAAUCUGAUGCCAGCGAAGUGCAAGACAGAGAGGAGACAGAUUCCAUUGAUAUUAUAGAUAGUAUCAGGUUCCAUAUUACAAGCUUCAUCCAGACGUACACGGAGAUGCAAGAUGCAGAGGAAUCCUUGAAAACUAUUGACGAAUUCCUGGAGACUCUUGGCUUGGAAUGUUAAUUCAGUAUGGCAACUUCAAGUCAUGGAUGAUGUUAUUUCUUGAGUAGAUGUAAAAUUUCCAGUUAAAAGUGUGUAAUGUUGCCCGGCAUUCAAAGUUCAUUGUACAAAGUUGAAAUAUUAUUUAAGGUUGUGGACUGGUAUAAAUAUUCGGCAGUCUCUGCAAUUUUUUGUUUGUUAUAUUUGGCAUUCUCCUACCGUUGGUCUAGCUUAAACAAGCAUGAGGGUUUCUGCAAAAAAUCAAACAGAGAUUGGCGAUUGUUGUUGCAAGUCUGCAAGUAGGUUUUGGUAUGCAAAAAGAAAACCCUUGGCUAAUGAUUGAAUAAAGUAUGCAUGUUGGGCAAGUUUUUGAUUUCUUGUCGAGCUUUAGAUAUUUAGCUGAAUGAACAGAGUGGAAAAGAUUGGUUUAAUGAAAAAAUUUCUCUAUUAUUACAGUUUUCAAGCUAUACAAUUUUUAAAAUCUUUGAAAUGAUGGACACAUUAAGUUUGAGCCACUGAUUUUAUUCCUUAGCACAGGGUUGGGCAUUAAUUUGUUGGUAUUAAUUGAAAGUUGAUACUUUAGCAAUUUGUUAAUUGUUUGAACACCAAUAGUUAUUUGUUGUCGAGCCCGCUUGCGGCGAGCUCGAUAUAGUUGUCACUUUUGGCGGGUCAGUGUGUGUGUGUGCAUCCGUCCGUCCCAUUUUGUCCGAACCAUAACUUUGACAUACAUGGACCAUUCUUGUAUACAGUUGGCAUGAAUGUUUACCUCAACAAGAAGGAGUGUCAUGCACAAACUCCAUAUUCCUAUCUCAAAGGUCAAGGUCACAGUUAGAGGUCAAAGGUCAAAUUGAAGUUUGUCCGGAGCAUUUCUUCUUCAUGCAUGGUGGGAUUUGGAUGUAACUUGAUAUGAAUGUUCAUCAUUAUGAGACAGAGUGUCAUAUGCAAGAACCAGGUCCCUAGAUCUUAGGUCAAGGUCACACGACAGCUGGUGGGCUCGACAAUCUGCCCGUGGGCAUGGUGCAGAAUGAUAUUCAUGAAUAUUUUAAAUCUUCAGGUGGCAUUAUUCACAAAUAUUAGCAAAAAAAAAUUAAACCAUCACAAAUCUUCCCCAAUUUACUGUACCUUAAAGAAAUAAAUUUACAUGCUAUAUCUGAUUGUCCAAGUGUUUAGACAGGGUAUUCUCAGGGUUCAAUUCUGUCUUUUCAACGAUUUUUUUAUAUGUAUAAAUAUUAUUCCAGAUUAUUCAUUUACGCAUAUUUUUUGUAAUAAAAGGAUAAUGUAGGAUAUACGUAAGAAAAUGACCCCAAAGUUUCAGAAAAUUCAAAACUUAAUGACAACAUGUGAAAUAAUUUGCUUUUAUUAUAUUCAUGGUUGCUCUAAUAAAACAUGUCACAUAAAGCAUGAAAGUCAUAGUUAGAGUUACAUAAUUCCAACGACCACAGGUAUAGAUGUUUGCGCCAUUUUUUGUUAAAAUCACCUAAAAUCAGGAUUUCUUGCUCAAAAUUUGUAUGUCACAAAAUAUUUUACAGUUAGUCAGAUGCCUAUCAUAAUUCCUGAAAAGCAAAAGAAUUUUUUAUGAUUGAGGGUUCCUUUUAAAAGAGUUUAGAAGAUGAAAAUUUGAUUUUAUUGUUGAAAGUUUGAUUUUAUUGUUGUUUCUGAACACAAAAUGGCAAGAAAGUGUACCCUUACGUAAACUUAAAAAGAUUACUGUAUAACAAAGAUUUUAAUGCUUUAUAAAAACAACAGUUUUCAUGCAAAUUAUUUAGCAUAUUGUUUUUAACUUAUAAAAUUUCUGAAACUAUAGGGCCAUUUACUUAUGUAAAUCCUGUGUAACAAUUUGCAUAAUGGAGUUAAAUGCAACUGUACUUGAAGAAAAUUUUUAAUUUAAAAAU